GCAAUACGCAUUGUGGUAUUACGGCCUCGUUCAGGUGACGAUCGUAUGUCAAAUUUUAACUGCUAUCUUUAUGGAUUUUAUGAAAGGAAAAUUGACGUACAAAGCAUGGGUGCCAUUCGACCACACGUCACCCAUUAUGUUUUUUUUCGUAUUCACUCAUCAAAUGAUAGGUAUGUCAACCUGCGCGUCUGUAAAUGUUGCCUGCGACAGCCUGAUAGCCGGACUCCUGCAGGAGAUUUGCUGUCAGUUUGAUCUUCUGGAAAAUCGAUUGAUGAAAAUCUUCGCAGUAAGCAUGCUAGUGGUGUGUGCUAAUUUGUAUAAAUUGGCUUCGAUUUCUAUCCUGAUGAUCAAUGGAAGUAUUGGACUAAUAAUGUAUACGGCGUGCAUGUUAUCGCAGAUCUUCCUCUACUGCUGGUUUGGAAAUGAACUUAAAUUAAAAAGCACCGAAUUAGUGAACAGCAUAUACAAGAUCGGGUGGUUGACGUUUGAUAUCAAGACGAAAAGAGCUCUCCUGCUAAUUAUGAAACGCACGAUGGUUCCAAUUGAAUUUAAUAGCGCGAUUAUCAUCAAAUUGAAUCUUGACUCGUUUGUAUCUUUACUUAAAGCAUCGUAUGCGGUUUACAACGUAUUGACGAGCAUUCAGUAG